UCCCUGGGAACUCGAUCACUGAGCCAAAACCACUCUGCAAAACAAGGGCUGGGGAGAACCGGGGGGCAGUGGAGGCUUCCAGAGCUCCAGCCCAAACCGAGGCACCGUGGGACCUCAGGGUGGCCCUGGGGCUGGGACUGGGAGGGUGGCAGGUCUCAGAGCCAAGGGAACCCUCUCCCUGCUCUGACAGGCAGAGCACCAAGCGAUGCCCUCAGCCCCUUCCCUCUGAGCUGCUCCCCCCACGUCCCAUUCUGUCACAGGCCAGGACAGACCCAGAGGGGACAGCAGGGUCCCAGGCACUGGGGACCGCGUUUCAGCACUGGUGGCUGCAUGCAUUGACCAGUGAGGGUGGGAGCACAUGGGCUUAUCCAUGUGGGGCCAGUCCCUGGGGGAAUUUGGGGGUGCGGGAGUCUCUUGGUGCCUGCGUACCCACCACACUUACACGUAUGUCUGGGACCCCCAAGAGCUGCACAUAAAGACACACCAGCCAAACGGGGGGGACACACUUGUGCCCCCAGACAAGACCUUCCCUCUCAGCAGCAUCCCCAGCUGCCAGGGGCUCAAGGCCAGCUCCCAGCCACCGCUCCAAACAAGGCAGCAAAUGAAGGCGGCGCGUUAAUGAGCGGUGUUGCCAUACUCACAUUGUGGCAGCUCCACCAACCCCUGUCCCCCCCAUCCCCCUCUCCAGCCCCCUCCCCGAGAUUCCCACCCUCUGCUCUCUUUGGCCACACGUUCAAGAGGUGACACAGCAGUUAGACCUGGUGGGUAUUUAUUGGCCCAAGGCGGGCUGGCUGCUCAUCUGGGCACAGGGCAGCACGGAGCAGAGCCAGGGCCAGCAACGCUGGACUGCACCAGGGCAGAGAGAUGAGAGCACCCUACUCGCUGUCCUGCCUCUUCCUCCUGAGCCUGGGGACCUGCUUCCCUCCCAGCGAGCGGCGGGAGCCGGGACACCCCGGGGAGGGGACCCUGCUCGGUCCCAGGUGGCAACCAGCGGCGGAGGACCCGGGCGCCGGCUGGAGGGCAGGGGCCAAGCGGAGGCGAAGCGAGGAGCUGGACGCGCUGCUGGGCAUCGCCCGGGAGCUGCGGGGCUACGGCUCGGCGGGGGCCGGGCAGCGGCCGGGCAGGCGGGGGGGCUCCGAGGUGCUGCCCGCCGCGGGGGAGAAGCGCAGCGGCACCCUGGGCAACCUGGCCGAGGAGCUCAACGGCUACAACAGGAAAAAAGGGGGCUUCACCUUCCGCUUCGGGAGAUGAGGGCUUGGACUUGAUACCCCCCACCCUCCUGCGGGUCACCCCGUCCCGUCCUUCCCUUCCAUCUCGCCUGGGUUUGCUCGGACAAAAGGGUAUUGGGGAUUUUUUUGCUGCUGGGAUUGCCUUGGGGAUGGGGGACACCGUGUUUGCUCCGCUCACAGCCCUGCUCUAGGUCUCAUGUCCCUGUUCCCAACCAGUGCAACAGAAGAAGAGGAGGGUGCCUUAAAAAGAAGCCCCUACAUCCCUUUCCUGAUCACAGACAGUUUUGCAGGGGCACAAGGGAAGGGCCAAGCACUGGGUCUCCAGUGCUGCAGUGCUGGCAGAGAGCAGGGAGGGCACAGGGGGACAGGUAGAGCAGAGGUGGCACACUGGGACAGGCAGAGCAGGGGUGACACACUGGGACAGGCAGAGCAGGGGUGGCACACUGGGACAGGCAGUGCCAGUAAGGCCAGGCAGCAAGGCUGGAGGGUUACAGUGGGAUAAUCUUGGUGGUGACAGUCCCCAGGGACUGCCUGUAGCUGCCAUCCAGGGCUGGCUGUUAGGGAGGAGAGGGUCCUUCAGAGCUCUCCGCCGAGUUGCUGCUCUCCUGCCUAUUAAGGAAAAGUCCCUCCGGCAGCAAAUUCUGCUUAGUGUCAAGAUGCCGCUCACACGAGGCAGCUCCUGCGUGCAAAAACCAGGGCAGAGCAGCGGGGUUUGAGAAAAUCUUGUCCUUAGCAAUCCCUGGCAUGAGCAUGGAAACCUGCCCUGGCAUCACUAGUCCUGCCACAGCCCCAACACCCCUUUCACUCCCUGGCCCCCAGAGUCAGUCCUCACCAGGGUGAGGUGGUGAUGAUCGACCUUUUGUAUCCUUGUCACACCACCCCAGCACCUGCCUGGAAGCCUGGCCCUUCCCAAAUCCUUCCUGGCCUCAUCCCCACCUAUUCCCAGCUGUAGAAUUUGGGUGCAGAAGGGCUGAAACAAGGACUUCUGCAGCUACCCGGGGCCACUGAGGACUUCUCAGUGUCUCCCUGCUCUCCAGUCCCCAGUGGUGCAGCUUUGGGAAUCACCAGCCCCAAAAGCCAGCACAGCCACAGCGGUGCAAGACAAACCCCACUGCCCAGACACUGCCUUCCCCUCCUCUGGGCAGAUUGAGCUCUGCCAACGUCGGCAUUUGCUCUGUGCCUGCCAGAGGUACCAGCAAUCAGAGCUCUAACUACCUGCUGCAGGCACUAACAGCAACUUACACACUGAGCGACUGCUGAUAUUUCAUUGCAGGCACAAAAAUGAGCUGGGAGAUGAUUUGCAAGCGCUAAAUUGCACCCUCAAAAAUCAGAGACCGUGGCAGGACUUGGUUGGGGGAGUAAAAAGAUUAAAAAAAACCCCUAAAUCAGGCUGCAAGAGGUGCAUUGUAAUAUCCAUCAAGCAGACAGACCACUUAAUGCAGUGCUGCGUGAGUUGCUCUGGCAGCAGGAGCAGUAACUAGAGGCUGGAUGGAGGAGCUGGAACCCCUGGGAAAACAUCAGCCAUGGGGUUCAAGAAGGAGUGAUGGAGACACUGGACCAGGCUCAUCUAGGGAGGGUGCAGAACGGGAGAGACUCCAGGUUUGCAGGGGCACAGAGGAUGCCAGGGUUUGGUCCUCACAUGGGGACACCACCAGCUGCGAAGGCGAGGAAGGGCAUUUCCUUCCCCUGCAUCCCUGCUGCCAGGACCAUCUCACACUGCAGGGACCACAGCAGAGACCAACAGCACUCAGGAUGGCUGAGCCCACACAGCCCCCCACCCCAGGCACCCCCAAACCCACCUCCAUCCCUCUCGAUUCCGCCCCACCACAGGCCCUGGUUUGGAUCGGGACGCAGGCGCCGCGCUCGCAUCCCUCAGUGGAGACGGGAGCUUUAUUGAUGUUUCUAUGGCAACUACUCUUUUUUUCCCCCCCUUUCUUUUGAGUGUUCAAACCAUCAAUAAAUACGCACUGAUCAAUUUUA